GACCCAGGGACUAUCUUCCUUCUACAGACAUUUGAUAAAAUCAGGAACUUCACAUACGACUUGGAAAGAAGGUCACCUCAGAACCUAUUAGGGUAAACUAUGAAAACUUGUUAGGGUCCUUCUCCUAUCCUGAGAUCCAGCACUGCAAAGGGACUUUACAGAGUCCGAGGAUCUCAGCGGAUCUCACUUUUUUCUUUUUUUCUUUCUUCUUUCCUUUUUUUUUUUUUAAUGUGAUUUUUUUCAAGUCAGUUAUGCUGGAUGUUUGAAAACUGAAUUAAGAAAAAUACACUCAGAAGUUGGCUGAAUGUUGCAAGCUUGCAAAAUGGAAGGAUUUCCCCUUAUUCCCCCUCCCUCUGAAGAUAUGGUACCCUAUGAGUCAGACCUCUACCGACAGCCCCAUGACUAUUACCAGUAUCUCAACAGCGACGGAGAGAGCCAUGGUGAUCAUUACUGGGAAUACCAUCCACACCACAUGCACAGUGAGUUUGAGACCUUUGGAGACAACCACUUCACAGAACUGCAGAGUGUGCAGCCUCCUCAGCUACAGCAGCUGUACAGGCACAUGGAGAUUGAACAAAUGCAUGUCUUGGAUUCUGCAAUCCCAACCACACACAUCGGACUCAACCAUCAGGCUAUUCCCCUCCUCAUGGGGGAAAUUCAAGACAGAAAGAUGACAGACCUGUGUAACCCCAUCUCCAGAUUUGGAUGCAGUCCUGUAGGGAUUCAGUGCUGUCAGAAGGUGUCCUAUUUGCCCCGGAUGUGCCUACAGUACUCCUCUCCACCUCAGCCCAGUUCUGAUGAGGAGGACAUGGAGAGACAGAGUCCCCCAUUGGAGGUAUCAGAUGGGGAGAAUGAUGGUGUGGACCCUGGGCCCGGAAUUAUGCAUGGAGAAACAGGCAGCAAGAAAAAGAUACGUCUGUAUCAGUUCCUUCUGGACCUCCUUCGCAGUGGGGACAUGAAGGACAGCAUCUGGUGGGUGGACAAGGAAAAAGGUACUUUCCAGUUCUCCUCCAAACACAAAGAAGCAUUGGCACAUCGCUGGGGCAUCCAGAAAGGCAACCGCAAGAAAAUGACCUACCAGAAGAUGGCACGGGCUUUGAGAAACUAUGGCAAGACAGGGGAGGUCAAGAAAGUUAAGAAGAAGUUGACCUACCAGUUUAGUGGAGAGGUGAUGGGAAGGGGGGUCACUGAUAGGAAGCAUUAUCCUCACUGAGGCCAUGGGACCCUAAGCAAGAAAAAUAUUAAGACCUCCUGGCUGGACACCAGCGGAGGAGAUGGACACAUCUUUCUCUUUGCUUCCUGUGCCCCCUUCUCUGCCUUUAAACAGCCUUUACCAUCAGAUGUUUCUGGUACGAAUUCCCUUCUUCAGCAUCUGAGAAUCCUAACCAUGACAGAAUUCUUUGCUUCCGUCCUCCAAGUUGGACAGAGUUGGGAAAUUUAAACAAUGUACAAAUAUAUUAUUGUCAGGAAAGAUUUUUUUUUUUUUUUGAUUGUAUUGUAACUAAAAAAUACAGCCGAUGAAGUUUUGCCUCCAAAGGUGGUGCUGUGUCACCCACAGUGACACCGCGAUAGCUUUCAGCUUUCAAACUAGCAUUAAUACAGGCUCUGCCGCAGCUCUCAAGGCUAGAGAGAAGUUUGCAGAUCUUGGAAUGAUACUCGUUCUUUUAAAUAGUAAUAACAUGUACAUAUUUAAUAAAAUUAGAUAUAAUGAAGUUCUGGUAUUUGCAUAAUAAAUGAUUACUUCACAAACAAA